CUACAACCCGCCCUCUCUCUCUCUCUCCGUUAUCUCGCAUCCAUUCCCUUUGCCGUCUCUCUCUCUUUUGCCAACUCUUUCUAAAUCUGUAACCCUCAUGGAGACUGAGGCAAAAACCUCGAGCGCGACGGUCGAGCACGUCACCAGGGCGUCCUCCGACGAGCUCCUCCGCAAGUUCGCCGAGCUAGACGCCGACCAGCCGGCGCGAUCAUCCCGGACGUCGGCCCGCCUCCCCAUCGUCCGCCGGAAGCGGUCGAGGCGGGUGAUGUCCGGCCUCGCCGCCAGGGACCUCGCCACUGGCGGCGCCGAGGCUCCCACCACGAGGAGGAGGAGGAGCGGGGGCGUGGCCGAGUGGAAGGCCCUCCUCCCCGCAACCGCUUCCUCCCGGAGGUCGAAGUCGCUGCUCCGGCGGAUGGGGAUCGGGCCAGGGGACGCCGUCGGAAUAAAGCUUCUACUGGCCGCGUUGGAGAAGACAUGGCGUAAGACAAUGGAAGGUGCAUCAAAGAUGUUUGUAGAGAAGCAUUGUAAUAAGCAUGUUCGCCUGAUGAGCGAUAUCGUGUAGAAGAGCCAAGCUACUGCCUUCCCAAUCUUCUCCACAUUCGUUAUGAAUAUUUCAAAUAAGACAAAGCAAUAGGUAAAUUGGAAAACCUACCCUUCAGGCAUAAACAAAGUAAGAAAAUUCUGCAUCAGAUGUGUAGGUCUAUUGAUACAUGUUUUCGAGAAAUAUAGGUUCUUCUUGUUAUCAUUGUUUUCCUAGAUAGCCACUCUUCCAAUCAUCAUCAAAGAGCAUCUGUAAUUUCUGUAACCAAAAAAAGAGUAUCAUGUAAUUACUUAUUUAUUGGAUUCAUUAUUAUCUAUGCAUCUGUAAAAUUACUGUGUCA